CGCUGGAACAUGCAUCCUGUAGCCCGUGAAUUGUGGGAUUGGGGGGCGGUAGCCUCGUCUCUACCAGGCCUAGAUAGGUACAGCCAUGUAGGGAGUACUUUACCCUCUGCUGCCCUUUGCCCUUUGCCCUUUGCCAAUGGCUGAUAGGAAGUAGCGAGGCAUGGCAAUGUCAGUAGCUAAUGAUUCACUCGGUCGUUGGCCGCCCGAUCGGCGGGUGUCGAGUUGGCCGAAGGAUAUUCGUGGUUCGUCUUAUCGGAGGGCCGCCGACAGGUCCCGCCGACCGUCUCGGUCAACCAACUGGUUACCGCGCUACAGCUCCAGGCGAACCUAGACAGGGACUGGGGGAGACGGGGAGCAGACGGGGAGCAGACGGGGAAGAGACGGGGACCUUGAAGGCGGCGCUGAAGGAGGCUAGAGGUCAGCUACUGUACUCUGCGUGCAGUGGUUCCAGAUUAUCAUGCUGCCAGGGCGGCCGCGUGGUGGUGGCAUGCUCUGCACCGCGGAAUGACAAGACCAUCUCCCAAAACGGGCGGCCGUGUGAAUUGAAACGGGACAAGGCUCGCUUCUCUCCGUGUCUGUUUCGUCGGAUGGUGCCCAACUCUCCAACCUCGGACCUUGUUAGGACGAGACGGCUGGGGGGUGGAACGUCUCCCGGGUCGUCUGGGUCUGGACCUGUUGAUCAACAUGGCACCAAAAUCGAACCCACAAGCCACUCGCUCUGCUCUUUAUCCGCCUCACUUGGUGUGUGCGCUGGGAGGGGCGAGGAGAGCUACUACGGCUGUAGUAUGUAUGUAACUUCGGCGCAGACGAGAGAACGAGAUCGAGCCAGAGAGAUCGAGGGACAGACCCGCCAUUGCCGUGUACUGGAGCCGACAAGCGCGGAACCCAUGAAUAGUUUCGUGCGUUCCCGUCCCGGCACAGGUCUAGAGUCUCGUGUUGCUGCGUGUUGCUGAUGCGGUUGCUGAUGCGGUUGCUGAUCUCCUGUGGAUAUUUGUGUCAUCACCAACUGCAGUUGUGCAUCGAUUAUCUACGCCCUAGUCCCUUGCGCCGUCACAGUACCCAACGGUACCUGACAUAGCACACAAGAAACAUGGCCGCCGCUGCACCUUUCACUUCGCUGCACCUUUUACUGCUGCACUGCUGCACUGCUGCACCUCUCUGCAUCUUUCACUGCACCUCCUCACGCCGCCGGCCACCAGCACACGCCUCAACCGGUGCAAGCCAGCAGUUCAACCCCCUACAACCCUCUGGACAACAAUCGCAGUGGCAGGGUUCAACAAACAGCCUCCCCCUCCUCAUCCCACCCAGUACCCCC